GUCUGGGGAGUCGGGACGAGCUAGAGCGCGUCACCCCCUGGCGCUGCGGUGGUCGCUCGUGUCCCGCCGCCUUGUUCCGGGUUAUCCUGCGCGGCCGCCGUGGAACCAUGACUGUACCUGUUGUGCUCCUGUCCUUGUUGGUGGCGGGUGUUUUGGGAAACGAGUUUAGUAUAUUAAGAUCACCCGGGUCUGUUGUUUUCCGAGAUGGAAAUUGGCCAAUACCUGGAGAACGAAUCCCAGAUGUAGCUGCAUUGUCUAUGGGCUUCUCUGUGAAAGAAGACCUUUCUUGGCCAGGACUUGCCGUGGGGAAUCUGUUUCAUCGUCCUCGGGCUACAGUUCUGGUGAUGGUGAAGGGGGUGGACAAACUUGCUCUACCCCAGGGCAGCGUCAUUUCGUACCCUUUGGAAAAUGCAGUUCCUUUUAGUCUUGACAGUGUUGCAAAUUCCAUUCACUCUCUGUUUUCUGAAGAAACUCCGGUAGUUUUGCAGUUGGCUCCCAGUGAGGAAAGAGUGUAUAUGGUGGGGAAGGCAAACUCGGUUUUUGAAGACCUUUCAGUAACUUUACGACAACUCCGCAAUCGUCUGUUUCAAGAAAAUUCUGUUCUCAAUUCACUUCCCCUCAAUUCACUGAGUAGGAACAAUGAAGUUGAUUUGCUCUUUCUUUCUGAAUUGCAAGUGCUACAUGAUAUUUCAAGUUUGUUGUCUCGACACAAGCAUCUAGCCAAGGAUCAUUCCCCUGAUUUGUAUUCACUGGAGUUGGCAGGUUUGGAUGAAAUUGGGAAACGAUAUGGAGAAGACUCUGAGCAAUUCAGAGAUGCUUCUAAGAUCCUUGUUGAUGCUCUACAAAAGUUUGCAGAUGACAUGUACAGUCUUUAUGGUGGGAAUGCAGUGGUAGAGUUAGUGACUGUCAAAUCAUUUGACACAACCCUUAUGAGGAAGACAAGGACUAUCCUUGAAACAAGAGAAGAGGGCCCUCCAACAACUCCUUAUAACCUUGCAUAUAAGUAUAAUUUUGAGUAUUCAGUGGUCUUCAACCUGGUUCUUUGGAUUAUGAUCGGCUUAGCCUUGGCUGUGAUUAUUACCUCUUACAACAUUUGGAACAUGGAUCCUGGAUAUGAUAGCAUCAUUUAUAGGAUGACAAAUCAGAAGAUUCGAAUGGAUUGAACUUUCCUCUCGCCACACUUAGGAAAGGGGUUUGGAAUUUGCUAUUUUGUUAAAUUAAUCUUUUGGUGUAGUUUAAAGUUGGUAGUAUACUUUAAAUUUAUAAAAAAAGCAAACUUUGUUCUCUAUUUUGUGUGUGCCUGUGAUGUUUUCUAGAGUGAAUUAGAGUAUUGAUGUGAAUUGGUUUAUGUGAAAUAGAUUCCAUAAUAUGCUUGAAUAUUAUAAUAUAACCAUUUAAUAUAAUUUCAUUCCAUUUACUAUUUGGAAAUAUGCACUGAAAUAAAUGUAAGACAUUUAGAAUAGCUUGUGUUAUUUAUGUUGGAAAAAUGCACUGAAUUUACUGGAGAACUUAUGAAUGCUUACCUUCCUUACACAAGAUAGGUGCAAAUAUUUGGGCAGUGAUAUUCUGUGAACCUCUUGUAAGUGUCUUAAUUUAAUGUAAAUAUCUCUGAAAGAGAACGGGUUGCUUAGAUUUGGAACUGUAUCUGAUUGAAUGAACAGAGCUGUUUGUAAAACCUACUCUGAAAGUUUGGUGAUCCAGGUCUGGUGUAGGGUUUAAAAAUACCACAUUGAUCUAAGAAGAAACUGACUUUGUAAAGUUAUCGAUGCUGUUAUUAUAUACACAAAAACUAAUACUGGGGGGACAUCAUGGGGCAUGAAUAUAAGAUCUUUAUCUCAGUAACUUUCCCCCUGUGUAAGUUACUGUGGUUUGUGGUACAACGUCUUUCUGUAGAGUAUUAAGUGGAAGUAGAUGCUGCCUGCUUUUCAUGUUGAAGUGGACCAGUGUCUGUAAGAGUGACAAAUAAAGUUAAUGGUGAUUCCAAAA